AACAAGAACUCAAAUCCAGACUUCUUCUCUAAAUCUCAAGUUCACUACUCUGCUACUUGUGAUCCAGUGUGGUCACAAUACUUCCCACUGCUACCACUGUUAACUGCUGUCAUUGUCACUCGUCGCUUUUUGAAAGUAAUUGUCAUCCCUUUCGAUUAG